CUUAAGCCUGGCCACUCGAAUUUGCUCUUUGGGUUAUUUCGUUUUCCUCUCUCCCUUCUCCCCCUUUUAGCAUCCCUUUUGCGCUGCGCUCUCGCGGUCUCUCUCAGCCUUUCUGCCUGGAACUGAAUCUAGGUGGCAAACAGGUCGGCGUGCGGAAAAACACUGAAUAGGUAGAAAUAAGGCAAACUAACAGAGACGCAACAGGUCGGGUGCUCGGUGGCGAGGGCGAGCGGCGGCCCCUCGCUGCGCCUCUCGCGCUGUUCCUCGGACCCUGGGCGGCAGCUCUCGAGGACCCCUUCCGAGGUGUCCGUCCUCUGAGGGGCCAGGAGGGCCAGCCGGGAGCGUUUCAUUCCGGUUUUUACCUUUUUGCCACCAGUCCUCGGGACUGAGGGUGCUUUUCACUCCCAGCUGGGCGGAGAGAAGAAAGCGGAGAGGAUGGUCCACGGCUGCUGGUCUCGGCGCUGAGGAAAGCGGAGCUCCAUCUCCGCGCCCCGGCUCCAUCUCCGCCAAAUAGUUGUGCAGCCACCCAGACUGAACUUUGGAGGAAUCGUCCCUUUUCUUUCCUUUCAAGAUUCUUGGAAGUGGUAGAGAGUGGGAGGCGAAGCCGAGGCAACUGAUCCCUCCACGAUGCUGGUGAAGAAGCAUGCAGGGAAAGGUGGGGGUCGGGAACCAGGCUCUGAGGACCAGAGCCCCGCCGGGCAGCGUUGUGCCUGGACCAUGCCCCCGUGCACCGCCCUGGCGGCCCUUCUGUCAGUGGUGGCUGUGAUGUCUUGUCUGUACCUGGGGGUGAAAACCAACGACCUCCAGGCGAGGAUCGCUGCUCUGGAAUCCGCAAAAGGGGACCCUUCCAUCCAUUUGCUUCCAGAUGGCCUGGAUCAGCUCAAAGCAAUGGUGCAAGAGAAAGUGGAGCGACUUCUGGCUCAGAAAUCCUACGAACAUAUGGCUAAAAUAAGAAUUGCGAGAGAAGCACCUUCAGAGUGCAACUGCCCAGCAGGCCCUCCAGGGAAACGAGGUAAGAGGGGCCGAAGAGGAGAAUCUGGUCCUCCCGGUCAACCUGGUCCUCACGGCCCUCCUGGUCCAAAAGGUGAUAAGGGAGAACAAGGUGAUCAGGGACCUCGGGGUCUACCAGGCUUCCCCACAGUUGCUGCUCUGCACAGUAAUCAGAUCCUCACCGUCAAGGGUGACCAAGGACAGGCUGGGCCUCCAGGACCCCCAGGGCCCCCUGGCCCAAGAGGGCCUCCAGGGGACACAGGGAAAGAUGGCCCCCGUGGAAUGCCAGGAGUGCCCGGUGAACCAGGGAAACCAGGAGAACAAGGCUUGAUGGGUCCUCUGGGGCCUCCAGGACAAAAGGGUUCUGUUGGAGUACCUGGAAUUCCAGGGGUGAAUGGUCAAAAGGGUGAGCCCGGGUUGCCUGGAACAGUAGGACAAAACGGAAUACCAGGGCCAAAGGGAGAACCUGGAGAUCAAGGCGAAAAGGGAGAAGCUGGAGAGAAUGGCCCCAAAGGUGACACAGGCGAAAAGGGUGACCCUGGAUCAUCUGCUGCAGGAAUUAAGGGGGAACCUGGAGAAUCUGGUCGUCCAGGGCAAAAGGGUGAACCAGGGCUUCCUGGGCUUCCUGGACUUCCGGGGAUAAAGGGAGAACCAGGUUUCAUUGGUCCUCAAGGAGAACCAGGUUUACCAGGGUUACCAGGAACAAAGGGUGAACGUGGGGUGGCAGGGCCUCCUGGAAGAGGUGAGCGAGGGGAGCCUGGAGCCCCUGGACCAAAGGGUGAUCAUGGAGAGAAAGGGGACUCUGGAGCCCUGGGACAAAGGGGUCCACCUGGUCAAAAGGGAGAUCAGGGAGCCACCGAGAUCAUAGACUACAAUGGCAACCUCCAUGAAGCCUUGCAGGGUCCCCCUGGACCACCUGGACCUCAAGGACUACAAGGGCCAAAGGGAGAACCAGGAUCUCCAGGAAUCCCAGGAGUUGAUGGAGAGCAGGGACUUAAAGGCUCAAAGGGAGACGUGGGGGACCCAGGUAUGCCAGGUGAAAAAGGAGGAAUUGGACUUCCUGGAUUACCGGGUGCCAAUGGAAUGAAAGGAGAAAAAGGAGACUCCGGAUUGCCAGGUCCUCAGGGUCCUUCUAUCAUAGGCCCACCAGGCCCACCAGGCCCCCAUGGCCCACCAGGCCCCAUGGGACCCCAUGGACUUCCUGGACCAAAGGGUGAACCAGGGUUAAAUGGUGUUAAAGGAUUGAAGGGUGAACCAGGUCAAAAGGGUGACAGAGGACCCCUUGGUCUUCCAGGAGCAUCUGGCUUAGACGGAAAGCCAGGAUCCCGGGGUACAGAUGGCCCUAUGGGACCCCAUGGCCCCGCAGGUCCCAAAGGAGAAAGAGGUGAAAAAGGAGCUAUGGGAGAACCCGGACCCAGAGGACCCUACGGUCUGCCUGGCUUCCCUGGUCCACGAGGCGAGAAGGGUGAUGUAGGAGAAAAGGGAGAAAAGGUGACCUCUCCAUUCUAG